AAACCCAAAAAUUUCGAAUUCCAAGCCAAAAGUAGUAGUGAUAAUGGGAGCAACAGGUUCUGGAAAAUCUCGUCUCGCCAUUGACCUAGCUUCACAAUUCCCUAUCGAAAUCAUUAACGCCGAUUCCAUGCAGGUGUACGAAGGAUUGGAUGUUCUCACUAAUAAAGUUCCACUUCACGAUCAGAAAGGAGUGCCACACCAUCUCUUGGGUACAAUCAGCCCUACGGUCGAGUUCACUGCAAAGGAUUUUAGGGAUUCUGCAAUUUCCCUUAUCAACGACAUAACAUCCAGGAAUCAUUUGCCAGUCAUUGUUGGAGGCACAAAUUACUAUAUUCAGGCACUUGUGAGUCGAUUUCUUUUAGAUGAUUCACCUGUGGAUACUGAUGAACUCAGCUUAGAUGAAACAUAUGGAGAUAAACAACAACCUAAUGAACUUAUGCAAGAACAAGAGAAUUUUAGUUAUAGUUAUGAUAAUCUUAAAGAUCUUGAUCCAGUUGCAGCAAAUAGAAUCCAUCCAAAUGACCAAAGAAAGAUUAAUCAGUACCUUCAUAUAUACGCUUCCUCUGGUGUUCUUCCUAGCAAAUAUCUUCAGGAAAAGACUAUGGAGAACUGGGGAAAUGCAGAUAAUUUGAGAUACAAUUGUUGUUUUAUAUGUGUGGAUGCUUCUCUCCAUGUUAUAGACAAAUAUGUGGACAAAAGGGUAGAUCAAAUGAUCGAUUCAGGUUUACUUCUAGAAGUUUAUGACAUUUUUAACCCUGAUGCUGAUUACACUCGAGGCUUACGCCAAGCAAUCGGUGUCAGGGAGUUUGAGGUCUUUUUAAAAACUUAUCUCUCCAAAGGGCAAAAUGGUAAUUUUGAGAGUCCCAUUGACAAGUCAAAAUUAAACAUGAAUGAAAUCUUGAGUACCCCUGGUGAGAAAGAGCUUCUUCAAGAUGCAAUUGAUAAAGUCAAAUUAAAUACCAGAAGACUUGUUCGAAGACAGAAAAGAAGGCUUAUUCGGCUCCAGACAUUGUUUGGGUGGAACAUACAUUAUGUCGAUGCAACAGAAUGUCUUUCAUGUUUUACAGAAGAGUCAUGGACUACAAAUGUGGUUGGGCCUUCAAUCCAGAUAAUAAAAUCUUGUUUUGAAAAAGAUAUAAAUUUGGUCCCUAAUUUUGAUGCAACAAAUGGUAUUAAAGGAUUAAAAUUAAAUGAAAGAGAUUUAUGGACACAACACAUAUGCAAGGCAUGUGGGAAUAAGGUGCUUAGAGGGGGAUAUGAGUGGGAACAACAUAAACAAGGCCGGAAUCAUCGGAAAAGAGUAUGCCGGCUUAGGAAGUCCGGAAUCACUGCCUUGGAUGAGUAACGGAAUCGCUGAUUCCGGUUUUUAUUUUUGGAAAUGUGAAACUAUGGUUAUGUUUAAAGACUUUAAGUGAAGUCAACUAGUUAACACAUUGUUCUAUGUGAAGUAUCAAAAUAUAUCUAUAAAGUUAUAAACUUAUCAUUAUUGUAAUUAACUAAUUAUAUUACUGUUUUUAACAUAGUAG